AUGCGACCUUGCGAGAGCGUGGAUGUCGGCCUGGUAAUCAAAAGAAAAGCUGCUGCGAAGGAAGUUCAAGAUAAACUACAGCGAGGAACGAGAAACCUAAUACUCGCGCUUGCAGUAUUUGUAGCAAGGAAGUAUGAGCUUGUGAGCAGGUUUCUGCCAUUUGGUCAACCGUUCGUACCUUAUUUUGAGGUUCUUGCUCUCAUCACAUUCUCUCUAAACUGCCUUGUCAAUUUUCUUCAAUACUUGUCUCUGACUCUUGGUUUCCGUACUCUCUCCAUCUCCGAAGGUCAAGCACGUUUACUCAAAGUUACCAACCAAAAUGUGCGUGGAAUCACAGUUGCUACCUCGGUGGCUUCUUCUCCCAGUCAAAAUUCUCCAGUGACUGUCACUCAAUUUCGUCCUCAUUAUUCAUCGUUUACUCCACCAUCAAGGUGGUCACCCACAACGCCACAGAGUGUUAUGUCCAGUAGUCUUCAUUCUAGUCUUGGCUCUGCUUCCUAUAUUGAUACAUCUCUUGAUUCAAGUUUUGUACGACUUCGAAACUCAACUGGUCACAGAAGAUCAACAGGUUACGAUGACCACAUCUCAGAUUCAACAUCACUGAAUCGUUUUGUUAGAGAGCAAGAAGAACUAGAAGAACAAUAUCAACGAACUAUGCGAUUAAGUCCUCAACAGCAGCAUCUUCACUUUGACUCUUCAGGUCGUUCACCUGAUCUCCCUCUGGGGAAGUAUCAGGCAGGAGUGUUGUCUUCUUCACCGUCUGUGAGGGACGAGGAAGACAGCUUUGGACAUUCAACAACAAGAUCAGAAGAAGUGUGGCAGCAGCUUAAGAUCAACAAAUCUGAUCUCGAAUUAUGGACAGAGAACUGUCGCAAGUGGAUAUCAGUUACUUUAGUCAAACGACUUGCCACAGAGAUUGAUGCCAUUAAUGCAACUCUCGUCAGUAUUGGCAGUCGUGACAUUCAGAUUGGCAGUGUGAGUCUCAGCACUCUUCGUCAGAUAGCUACAGUCAAGUCACAGCAGGUGCCUUCACUUGCUGUUGUUGUGCCAUAUCUUGAAGUUUUCACGAAUCAGGAGUAUUUGGUGCAGAGAAUACGAGAUCUCAGUCGUGGCGACAGCUUGAACUGUUACCGUUGGAACAGUGGAGGACGGUGGAAUGGAAGAGGUUGGGACAAUGAGUUACCCAAUGACACUCAAAUUUUACUGCAUCUUGUUUGUACUUAUUUGGAUGCUCGUCUCCCUCCAAACCCUCGACAGCCUGAUCGUAAGGCAUUUUCAACUCAUUAUGUUAUCCGAGCGCCGAGCAAACACGAUCCAAAGAAGAAGGAACGUGAGAUUUGUCUUUAUCAGACAAGAACGAAUCCUCCACAUAUGAAGGUGGUUAUCAGGAAUGCUAUUGUAGAUGUUCCAAAGGGUCGAAACAAUUUCUUUCAUUCACUCAUUGCUUUUCUCCAUCACCUCAAAGUAGAAGAGAAGGGAAUGCUAGGGAGAACCAACUUAUCUCUCUCAGGACUGAAUAUUCUGACAAUUUUGGAACUAGACUAACUGAUUCAUGUAUUAGCAUAAACAACAUGAUUUUACUAUCUACAGUA